CUUGAUAUGUCAACGUCCGGGUUCUUUUCAGCAGGAAGAGUCGCCGCAUCAUAAUUUCUGUCACUGUAAAUGGAUCCAUCAAUGUACUUUUAUAUUGACUUUACAUUUUAAAAACAACAACCCCUGAGUCGUGACGUCACCUGUCACCUGAGAGGUAGAUGACAGCUCCAGGUGAGGCGUGAGUCCGACGGUGGAGAAGCUAACUGCUAACGUUAGCCCGCAGAGAGGUGAGCCGACACAGCGGCUCACAGCGCUGCUCCGACCCCAGAUAAGUGGCUCGAGAGGCGGCCUGUCGGAGGGACGACCCCCGCUGUCGGUCGCUCAUCCCCGGGUCUGCAGCGUGAGGCGCGCCGGAAGUCCUGCUGAAAUGUGACACUUUAACGCGUUCAUGAGCACCUGAGCAGAAAAACACACCCUGCUAAUCUGACUGAACACUUCUUAAAAUUAGACAACUUUGUGCUUAAUUCGGCGCCUUUCAUCCUCCAGUUUAUAAUAUUUAAAAUCUUUAAAUAACUGGAAUAAAAGUGUGGAUGAGGUGUUUGUCCACAGCAGGUUCAGGUUUGAUUGAACAUUAACAUCAGUUCUUUAAGUGAUGCUGAGCAGAGGAGUAGAUCAUCAGCUGUCCAAAAUGCAGAAAUCAAAGGUUGACCAUGAACCGGUUCUGUUGCUCCAUGAGGUUGUCAACAUUUUCAAUUCUUUGGUACUUUAAAAACCACGUGUUUCAAACUGACACAGUCUCUGAGUCAACCCGAACAGAAGCUUCAAACGUCUUCAGUCCACUGAGUUCACGUCGUGUAUUGUGUAACCUCGUCAUACUGUGACGCUGUCUGUCACUGAUUGUGAAGUCAUGAUCAGAAGAGAAAAGUGUUGCUGCAGGCCUGAUGCUCUCUGAGUGUAGUGACAUCUCAAACUGGACGUUUCCUGCUUUCACAGCGAUGUGUGUGUCGCAGACUUCACAUCGUUAAGUCUUUCAGAUAUCCUCAACCUUAAAGCAACAGAAAACGGGCGUGUUGGUCGAUAUUUUGACCCUGGAGCUCAGACGACCUCCGACUGAUUGAAAAGAGUUUUUCGUUCAUGUUUGAAUGUUUGCUGUCUUCAGUUGCUUCGUGUAUGGGUGACUGAAGAGCAGCCAUGAGCGCGGAGCCGGACGCCCUGGCCGUGGUCAACCAGCUGCGGGACCUGGCCGCCGACCCCAUGAACCGCAGGGCCAUCGUCCAGGACCAGGGCUGCCUGCCAGGACUCAUCCUGUUCCUGGAUAACCCCAACCCUCAGGUCGUGUACUCCGCCCUCCUGGCGAUCCGUUACCUGGCAGAAUGCCGAGCCAACCGGGAGAAGCUGAAGGGGGAGCUGGGGAUGAUGCUGAGCCUCCAGAACGUCGUGCAGAAGUCGACGACUCCCGGGGAGACGAAGCUGCUGGCGUCUGAGAUCUACGAGCUCCUUCAGGCGUCGGGCAGCUCCGACUCUGAGACAGCCGAGGAGACGGUCAGCAGCCGGCGUAAAGCCCAGUUCUUCCUGGGCUCGAGCAACAAGAGAGCCAAGACGGUCGUCCUCCACAUCGACGGGCUGGACGACUCGAGUCGGAGGAGUCUUUGCGAGGAGGCUCUGCUGAAGAUCAGAGGAGUCAUCAGCUUCACCUUCCAGAUGACCGUCAAGAGAUGCAUCGUCCGGAUCCGCUCUGACCUGAAGGCCGAGGCUCUGGCGUCUGCGAUCGCGUCCACUGUGGUGAUGACGGCUCAGCAGGUGGUGAAAGGAGAGAACGGAGACGAGGUUUUGAUCCCGUUUGCGGAGGACGGCUCGGUGGCGGUGGAGCAGAACGUGAACCUGCCGGACUACCUCCCCGAGGACGAGAGUCCGUCUCAGGAGCCCGACAAGGCGGUGACCCGGGUGGGAUCCGGUCAGGACGGGGCCGGCUGGCUCGGCACCGCCACCAACUUCCUGUCCCGCUCCUUCUACUGGUGAUCCUGCAGGCCCCGCCCCCCCAUCUGUUACACCUCCCGCCUCCUCUCAGAACCAAAAUCUACCAGCUGCCAAAUGUCAGCUGUGUGUGUCGGCGGCAGAGACGGACACUGAGACAAACUGCAGUCAGAGACGAGCCGACCCCCCAGGACCGUGGAUUCUGUCUAAAGUCUCCGUGUGAACACGACCCCCCCUCUGUUACCAAAAUGUCUUAAGAGCAGCAACAUGAACAAACCGAGGACCGAGCAGGACCAACCUUCUUCUUUAUUUAUUAUUAACCACCAGACUGAGUGAAGUUCAGUCAGCUGUGCCUUCACCUCCUCGUCAUCUAUCACUUUAAAGAAAGAUCCAAAACUCUGACAGAUCUCAGCAGAGCGAGGCGUCGAGUAACAUCAUGUCUGAUUCAGUGUUGGGCAGUAAUAAUAUUCCAGUUACACACACAAACCUUACUGUUGUUGUUAUUACAUCUGAUUUAAAAUACAACAAACCCCAGAUUGAUUUCGUCACGUCAGCCAGGCAGGACGUCAGCGAGCAUCAUGGUUACCAGGUUUAAAGUUUUCCUGUGGGGCUUCUUUUUAGGAGGUUGACUGUUAUUAGGUCGUUUUUUUUUUUUUUGUCAGUUGUUGUCACAUACCUGGCAACCCUGGUUAGCAUGGAAGAUGGAAGCGCUCAUGUUUACAUUCAGCGCCCGGAAAUAUUCACACUACUUUAGUUAUCUUGAGAGGACAGAUGAAGAGAACAUUGUUGUCAAAUGUAGAUUUUGUCCCGGUACUCGGUCUCUUUCUACUACAAAAAACACGACCUCAAACCUCCUUAAGCACUUACAACAGCAACACAACAACACAACAACAACAACACAACAACUACAACACAACAACAACAAUGUGAAGCUUGUGUAAAUGAACCCCACCAACGAGCCCUCUGCGGCCGCAGACGAUAGCUGUAGCUCUACAAAACAACCAAGACUGGAUUUUAAUCGUGGACAGCUACAAGCGAAAAAGAACUAAUGAAACGAAAAGUAACAUAAGGAGUAAUGUAACAUGUUACUGUUGACAGAGUAAUAAAUAAAGUAACAUCAGGAGUAAUGUAACAUGUUACUGUU